AUGGCGGAAUUCCUGGAGCUGGAGACUCAGGACGGCGUAAGGAUGCCGUGGAAUGUGCUUCCGGGGACGAAACAGGAGGCGGCCAACUGCGUCGUUCCGAUCGCCGCAAUAUACACUCCGAUCAAGCCCUUCCCCAACAUGCCGGUCCUGCCCUACGCUCCUCUCCGCUGCCGCACCUGCCGCUCCGUGCUCAACCCUUUCGCAAUCGUCGAUUUCGCGGCCAAGAUCUGGAUCUGCCCCUUCUGUUUCCAGCGCAAUCACUUCCCCCCGCAGUACGAUUCAAUCAGCGAAGAGCAUCUCCCCGCCGAGCUCUUCCCGCAGUACACAUCGAUCGAGUAUGAAUCUCCGGGAGAAAACCCUUCUUCUUGUUCUUCCCCCGUCUACAUGUUCGUGGUGGACACAUGUAUUAUUGAGGAAGAGAUGGCUUUCUUGAGGUCGGCCUUGUCGCAGGCGAUCGACCUUUUGCCGGACAAUUCCCUCGUCGGGCUGAUCACUUUCGGGACGUUGGUUCACGUUCACGAGUUGGGGUUCGGUCAGCUUGCCAAGACUUACGUCUUCAAGGGCUCCAAAGAUGUGUCCAAGGAACAGCUGCUCGAGCAAAUGAGCUUUUUCCUCAAGAAGCCCAAACCUGCCACUGGUGUCAUUGCCGGUGCCAGAGACGGGCUCUCUACCGAGAGCAUUUCGCGCUUUCUUCUGCCCGCUUCCGAUUGUGGAUUCGCUCUGAAUUCGGUUCUAGAGGAGCUGCAGAAUGAUCCCUGGCAAGUACCAACUGAUCAGAGGGCUACCAGAUGCACCAGCACUGCUCUGAGUGUAGCUGCUUGUUUGUUGGGAGCUUGUGUUCCAGGUUCUGGAGCUAGAAUUAUGGCCUUCGUGGGUGGUCCAUCUACAGAGGGUCCUGGUGCUAUUGUAUCAAAGAAUCUUUCUGAACCAAUUCGUUCGCACAAAGACUUGGAUAAAGAUUCUGCACCAUAUUAUAACAAAGCUGUCAGAUUCUACGAGGGACUUGCAAAGCAACUUGUUCAUCAAGGCCACAUAUUGGAUCUCUUUGCUUGUGCCCUUGAUCAGGUGGGAGUUGCUGAGCUCAAAGUUGCUGUUGAAAGAACUGGUGGCCUAGUCGUGCUUGCAGAAAGCUUUGGCCAUUCAGUAUUCAAGGAGUCACUUAGACGUGUUUUCCAAUCAGGCGACUAUGACCUUGGGCUAUCAUCAAAUGGGAUCUUUGAGAUAAACUGCUCAAAGGAUAUCAAAGUUCAAGGUAUAAUUGGCCCGUGUGCAUCUCUUGGAAAGAAAGGGCAGUUAUCCUCUGACACUGUCAUUGGGCAGGGAAAUACCAGCGCAUGGAAGAUGUGUGGCAUGGACAAAUCUACAACUUUGUGUCUGAUAUUUGACAUUGUUAAGAAAGAGACCCCAGAGCUUGCAGUUCAACCUUCAAGCAAUCAGUUUUAUUUUCAGUUCUUGACUUAUUACCAACAUGCAAAUGGUCAAAUGAGAGUUCGUGCGACGACCCUCUCAAGGAGAUGGGUUACUGGACCUGGGACUAUACAGGACUUGAUUGCUGGUUUCGACCAAGAAGCAGCAGCUGUGGCCAUGGCUCGUUUGGUCUCGUUCAAAAUGGAAGUGGAGGCUGAGUUUGAUCCAAUAAGAUGGCUGGAUAAGGCUUUAAUUCAUCUUUGUUCUCAGUUUGGAGAAUAUCAGAAGGAUAGUCCAUCUUCGUUCAGUCUAUCUCCACGGCUCUCAAUAUUUCCCCAGUUUAUGUUCCAUUUACGGCGUUCUCAGUUUGUCCAGGUCUUUAACAAUAGUCCUGACGAGACUGCAUACUUUCGGAUGAUAUUGAAUAGAGAGAAUGUAGCCAAUUCAAUUGUGAUGAUUCAGCCUUCAUUAAUCUCAUACUCAUUUCAUUCGGCACCCGAACCUGCUCUUUUGGACGUGGCGGCUAUUUCAGCUGAUAGGAUUCUUCUAUUGGACUCUUACUUUACUGUUGUUGUUUUCCAUGGUGCAAAUAUUGCUCAGUGGCGAAAAGCAGGGUACCAUAGUCAACAAGAGCAUCAGGCGUUUGCCCAGUUGCUACGAGCUCCUUCCGAUGAUGCAGAUAGCAUUGUAAAGGAAAGGUUUCCGGUUCCUCGUUUAGUUGUUUGUGAUCAGCACGGUUCACAGGCACGGUUCCUUCUGGCUAAGCUGAAUCCAUCUGCCACGUAUAAUACGGAUGCACCUCUGCCCGGCGGAGACAUCUUAUUUACAGAUGAUGUGAGCUUCGAGGUCUUCCUGGAUCAUCUUCAGAGACUAACAGUGCAAUGA